AUGGACUCGGGCAGAGGGAACUUCAAACUCAACAUUCUCAUCCCUUUUUCCCUCAAUCCAGGAUUUCCCUUUGCCAACUUCUUGAAGGCUGCGAGGAAGAUGCCUGGGACACUGAGGAAGCAGCUCCAUGAUGGGGAGAAGCCCCACACGUGCGUGGAGUGUGGGAAGAGCUUCAGGUGGAAAGGCGACCUGAUCAGGCACCAGAGGAUCCACACUGGGGAACGGCCCUACGAGUGUGGGGAGUGUGGGAAGAGCUUCAGCGUGAGCGGCAAUCUGAUCACGCACCAGAGGAUCCACACUGGGGAGAGACCGUAUAAGUGUUCUGAGUGUGGGAUGUGCUUCAGACAGAGCUCCAGCCUGAUCAGCCACCAGAGGACCCACACUGGGGAGAGGCCCCAUGAGUGUUCCAAGUGUGGGAAGAGGUUUACGACCAGCUCCCAUCUCCUCCAGCACUAUCGGAUUCACAGAGAGAAGAGGCCCUUCCAAUGCCCCGACUGCGGGAAGGGAUUCAAGCACAGCUCCUCCCUCAUCACCCACCGGCGCAUCCACACCGGGGAGAGGCCCUACGAGUGUGAUAAAUGCAGGAAGAGGUUUGCAACUAGCUCCUGUCUCCUCCUGCACUAUCGGAUUCACUCAGAGGAGAGGCCCUUCCGCUGUCCCGACUGUGGGAAGGGAUUCAAGCACAACUCCACCCUCAUCACCCACCGGCGCAUCCACACUGGGGAGAGGCCCUACGAGUGUCCCCAGUGUGGGAAGAGCUUCUCCUGGAGCUCUGGCUUGACCCGACACCAGCGGAGGCACCACUAAGGGAAGCCCUGCGAGUGCCCCAAGUGUGGGCAGAGCUUCGUGCGCUGCUCCAGCUCCAUCCCCCACUGGAGGAGGCACUUUGGGCACAGCCCUGGUCACUCACAUUCCCUGUGAUCCAUGUUGAGGACACACCUGGCUGCUUCUCCUUUUUGUUUGGCCUUAAUUUUCCUCUGCUUCACCUUCAUCCUUUAAAAACACCCAAAACUGGAUUAAAUGAAGGAAAUUGAUCGAAUAUAUCUGACGUUGCAUAAUUUCUCAGUUGUUUUAGAGGGAAUUUAGGU